AUGGUGGCCACUCAUGCACAGCAUGACGAUAACGAGGCUGAACAUCAACAGGAUACUUCUCAUGCAUUUCUACCUUCCAAUACUGAUCACAUACAAGUUACUUCUUCAACUCAUCGUAACCGCUACUUAAUUUAUGAUGUCAACGAUAGCGAAGGAUUUAAUCUAAGACGAGAUGUUUACAUGCGAAUAGCCAAUUUAAUUAUUCAACUCAAUCAACGCCAACACUAUCAUUGGACUUUGGUUCUUCCUCCUUGGAAGAGAAUGUAUCAUUGGCGAUCAACUCCAUCUCCAAAGCAAUUUCCUUUACCAUGGAAAACAUUCUUCGAUAUCUCAAGUUUAAAUAAAUUCAUUCCUGUCAUGGAAUAUCAAGAUUAUAUCAAUCAAUUUGGUCAAACCAUUGAUGAAAUUAUCUAUUUACAACCCUAUCCUGAUCCAUUUGAAGGCGGUCAAUUUGUCGAUAAAGUUGAAGAAACCAAUUGUCAAUCUAAUCAAAAAUAUAAAUUAAUGAAUGGAAAUUACUAUGGCUAUUUCUUUGGUCUGAAGGGUAUUACUGCUCGAAAAUUGCGCUGUAUGUUGGCUCAAGGUAUGACUAGUAUUAUCAUUCCAAAAUUGCAGCAGAGCAAAGCCAGGCUAAUAUUACUUGAUCGAGCCGAAAACUUGCUACACGAAGCAUAUGGCCAGGUUGGCUACUGGAAUUCUAGAAGAAGUUUAGUAUUUGCUAAACAUUUACGUGAUGAAGGUAAUCGCUAUCGCCAAGAAAUUUUGAAUUCAACGGAUGAACAAGAUCAUAUUGUAAGGCAUUCAGACUGGCGAUUGCUGAAUGUAAAAAAGAGCAAAAAGAGAGGUGGUAAUUAUUUGGCCGUUCAUUUACGUAGAAGAGAUUUCUUGCAAGGCCGCAAAAAUGAUAUUCCAUCUCUUGAAGAAGCCGUCCUCCAGAUUAAGUCAGCUAUGAAAAAAACGAAUCUUUCCAAGGUUUUCCUCGCUACUGAUGCUGAAGAAUCAGGUUUGAAUAGCAUUCGAGACCAAAUGGAGAUUAUGCUUUGCUAUGUUACUACUACACCUGAUAGGAUUCAACAAUUUGGCGAUGGUGGUAUCGCAAUUAUUGAUCAAUGGAUCUGUGCUCAUGCGAAAUAUUUCAUCGGCUCUAAGGAAUCAACCUUUUCUUUCCGUAUUUAUGAAGAGCGAGAACUGAUGGGUUUCAAGUCCAAAAUGACUUAUAAUCAACUCUGUAAUCAUCAUCAAUCAAAUUGUGAAGGCCCUUCUGAAUGGAAAGUAGUCUAUUAA